CGGAAACAGUUGCUGUUUUAAGGGAGGUGGGACUGGGCGGGUCAGGCUGCAGCGGCUGACGGCGGGGAGGAGCCGGGUCCAUUGCCGGGUGGAGGGGCAAGGCGAGUGUCGUUAUCCUAGCGAUUGGGGCUCGGGCCUGUGAGCCGGUUGGAGUCGCGGCGGCGGGAACGAUUGGGCAGAGCGGAGGAAGUCAUGUUACUCUUCGUGGAGCAGGUAACAUCUAAAGGAACAGGUUUAAAUCCUAAUGCCAAAGUAUGGCAGGAAAUCCCUUCUGAAAAUACUGAUGCCACUCCAGUAACUCAUGGAAGAGAAAGCUCUUGGCAUGAAACAGCAGCCACGUCAGGGCCUCAUCCUGAGGGUAGUUCAGAGCUCUCAGAUGGUAUGUGUAAGGAGUAUGAAGUAAUGUAUUCUACAUCUUGCGAAACCUCAAGAAGUACUGCAGGCAUUGAAGAAUCAACUGAUGGAAUGAUUUUAGGACCAGAAGAUCUGAAUUACCAAAUAUAUGACGUUUCUGGAGAAAGCAAUUCAGCAAUUUCUACAGAAGACCUAAAAGAAUGUCUGAAGAAACAAUUAGAAUUCUGUUUUUCGCGAGAAAAUUUGUCCAAGGAUCUUUACUUGAUAUCUCAGAUGGACAGUGAUCAGUUCAUCCCAAUUUGGACAGUUGCCAAUAUGGAAGAAAUAAAAAAACUGACCACAGACCCUGAUCUAAUUCUUGAAGUGUUAAGAUCUUCCCCCAUGGUUCAAGUUGAUGAGAAGGGUGAGAAAGUGAGGCCAAGUCAUAAACGCUGUAUUGUUAUUCUUAGAGAAAUUCCUGAAACCACACCAAUAGAGGAAGUGAAAGCUUUGUUCAAAAAUGAAAACUGCCCCAAGGUGAUAAGCUGUGAGUUUGCACACAAUAGCAACUGGUAUAUCACUUUCCAGUCAGAUACAGAUGCACAACAGGCUUUUAGAUAUUUAAGAGAAGAAGUAAAAACAUUUCAAGGCAAGCCAAUCAUGGCAAGGAUAAAAGCCAUCAAUACAUUUUUUGCUAAGAAUGGUUACCGAUUAAUGGAUUCUAGUGUGUAUAGUCAGCCCAUUCAAACUCAAGCACAGUAUCCAUCACCAGUCUUUAUGCAACCUGUAUAUAAUCCUCACCAACAAUACUCUGUCUAUAGUCUUGUGCCUCAGUCUUGGUCUCCAAGUCCUGCACCUUACUUUGAAACACCACUGGCUCCCUUUCCCAAUGGUAGUUUUGUGAAUGGCUUUAAUUCACCAGGAUCUUAUAAAACAAAUGCUGCUGCUGCUGUGAAUAUGAGUCGACCAUUCCAAAAAAAUCGUGUAAAGCCUCAUUUUAGGCCAUCCAGUGGUUCAGAACACUCAACAGAUGGCUCUGUAUCAUUGGGGGAUGGACCAUUGCAUAGAUCUAAUUCAAGGAACUUUCCAACUGAACGGCAUAACCCCACAGUAACAGGGCAUCAAGACCAAACUUACCUUCCAAAGGAGACUCCCACAUUGCAGAUAGAACAGAAUGGAGACUAUGGUAGAGGCAGGAAAACUCUUUUCAGAGGUCGAAGACGACGAGAAGAUGACAGAAUCCCAAGACCCCAUCCUUCACCAGCUGAAGCAAAGGCUCCAACACCAAAGUUUGACCUAUUAGCCUCAAAUUUUCCUCCUUUACCUGGAAGUUCAUCAAGAACACUGGCUGAACUUUCUUUGGAGAGUAGGAUGUCUGAUGUUGUUAAAGGUGUCUACAAAGAAAAGGAUAACGAAGAGUUGAGAGUUAGUUGCCCAGUGCCUGCAGAGGAUGAGCAGACAGACUGCAGCUCUGCCCAGCAGCUCAGUAUAAGUCCUCCACCUACAGCUGAGCUUCCUGCAUUAAGCACAACUCAGCAAGAAAAGGAUAUAAUAGAGGAAUCCACUGUUCAGAAGGAUAGUCUCAACCAGACAACUUCACCAGUUUCUUCCCCAGCUUGUACAAAGCCGUCAAGGCCAAAUACUGCUUCACCAAGUAAUAGUAAUAUAAAUGCAACUGUUGCUGUGGCCCUACAGGAGCCUCGAAAGUUAAGUUACGCUGAAGUGUGCCAGAAGCCCCCUAAAGAGCCAUCUCCAGUUCUUGUGCAGCCACUACGGGAACUUCGCUCCAAUGUAGUGUCUUCCAUCAAAAAUGAAGAGAAUGGAGCCCCUGAGAAGUCUGUUGAGAAAUCACAUGAGAAGCCGGAAGCAAGGGCUACUAAGGAUUAUUCUGGCUUUCGAGGCAAUAUCAUUCCCAGGGGAGCAGCUGGAAAAAUCAGGGAACAGAGACGCCAGUUUGGCCAUAGGGCUAUACCUCAGGGAGUGACUCGACGUAAUGGCAAAGAGCAGUAUGUGCCACCCAGAUCACCAAAGUAAAAAACAAAACAAAACAAAAAAAAACUAUUCAAAUCUUCUCUCUCUUCCCAUUACACUUGAGCCAUGGCUAUACUGAACUGUUGGAGGGGAGGGAGCAGCCAGGAAGAGAACAGGAGAAAGUAAGUCCUUAAAUCAUUACGGAUUUUGGUGUUGUGAGCAGUAGAAUCCCAAAAUUCAUCUCUAAAGUGAUUUUAAAAUGCUGGAGGAUUCCAAUCAGUAUAAAUAUAUAUAUAUAUAUAUACAUAUAUAAAAAUAUAAUUUUUCUAUUUUUGUUUCUGAUUUUAAUUUGCAGAGAUUUUCUGCCUGGAAUCAAUUUUGAGGGUUCAGAUUUAGCUGGGGAAAAAACGUAUUACACAUCCUUCAGUAUAGGAGAUGAGGGAUUGAGAGAAAAUAUUUUUUGAAGAAGCAUUUCUGUAAAAUUAGAAAUUACUUUUUUUAAUCUAUUUAAAGUUUGGCUUGGAAAAUGCCAUCUCUGCCUGUAUGGCCCUGUGUUGCAAAGCAGAUCAUUGGCUGGGGUGCUUGUUGUGGGUGUGUGUGCAAGAGUGAUUGAAGCCAAAUCUGUUGUCAUGUUAGUAAAUGAUUUGAAAACCGAAUGUAAUACUUGAGUAGAAAUUUUUUUUUUCCAUUUUGAAAUUAGCCUGUCUUUUUGAUUUUACUAAUAUUUCAUUCAACAAGGCUGUUAAGCUGAUUGUACUUGGAGAUGUGACUACCAUCCAGUUUGAUACUCAAGGACAAAAUAGGAGUAUGUAAAAAAUUGGAAAUUUGAUUUUAAACCUCAGUGAAUAGGUCAGAUGGACUUCAGAGGUUUAAAUUGACCUGCGAUUUUUUUUUUUCCUCUCUAAAACAGGGAGCUCUUUUUUUGGUUGUUAAUUCAUUUGUUACUCUCUGUACUUUAACUGUCCACCCCAAAAGCAAAAUAACUAACCAUCUACAGAAUUGUAUGUUUCUAACUGCUUUGACUAGUUUAGUCAAAUCAUAUAACUGUUCUAAACUUCUGAAUUAAACUUUGAAGAAUUUUACUCUUGUGUUCACAUAUUUAGAACUCUAGAUUCCAGAAUGGUAGGGCAGGCUGACCCUACGGUAAUUUAUUUGUGUUAAGGUUAAAGAGCAAACAUUGUAACUGACUCUUAAAGUGGUAAAUAGUGUAGAAGUUACAAAAAAAAAAAA